UUCUAUUUUUCUCCUUCUCAGGCGCUGUCUUUCGUCUAUGCAGAGUUGCAGACCGCUCUGCUUGCUGUGUUAUGUUCUCUAGUCGAAGAGAUGGAAUUCAUGAAGCUCGUUUGCCCAAAAUCUCCAAUCGUAUGGGAUGGAAAUGGCUUCUCGGAAUGCUUUGAGAACAUGGUAUUAGGUUUCUGCGCAAAUGCGGUGACUGUUGUUAUGAUUGUUGUACUUGGAUUUACUGGAAGAAAUGCCAGGAGAAGUAGUAGGAUUACAGAAAUGUGCUUUGUGGAGAAGCUCUUCUUGACUUUUAUACCUGCUUUUGGAGCACUAUUAUCUUUCUGUGACAUGGUCUUCCUUCUGAAGAAGGUGCUUCAAGGAAAGCAUACCAUAUAUCAUGAAUGGUUUUUUAGAUGUUCUCAGUUAUUAACUUGGGCCACCAUUAUUCUCUUCUCAAAGUGUGAAAAUUGGUUCUUCAUAUUUUGUGAUCGCGUCCUUUGUUUCUGGUGGAUUGCAAGACCUCUUUUUGGGAUUCCUCAUUUACAUACAGUGUUUUCUUCAUUAGAGGUUAUACAAUGUCUUAAAGAGAGUUGUUCUAUGGUGAUUGAUAUCAUAUUUGGACUAUUUGUCAACAUCAUCAGAGUAAUGCAAUCAUCUUAUAAAAGUAGAAAUUGUGGUUCACUAGAAGAAAAUCUCAUCUCAAGUGCCUUGGAUUCAGAGGAAGGCCAUCUUAGACAUUUUGAAACGAUUCAUAACUAUUGGCAUCUUCUGACUUUCAAGUCUAUAAGUCCGGUAAUGGAUCGUGGUGUGACAAAGCAGCUUGACUUUGAAGAUUUAGUUCAGCUACCUACUGAGUUGAAUCCUUCCUCUUGCCAUAGUACAUUGCGAAGCUGUUGGGUGGCUGAACAAUGUAAAAAUUCUUCCCAGCCAUCCUUGUUUAAAGCAAUUUGUUGUGCAUAUGGAUGGCCCUAUUUUCGGCUUGGUCUGUUAAAGGUAUUAAAUGAUUGUAUUGGUUUUGUGGGACCUCUACUUCUCAAUAAACUAAUUUGGUUUCUUCAAAAAGGUGCU